GAGGUAGCGACAUGGUAACAUUAGUUGUGAUGCUAACGGUGAGGUGCGGGUGGUAACACGAGAGAGAGUAGGUGUGAGUCUGGUAACAAAUGUAGAAAGAAAUAAUUCCCAAGAAAAACAGCACGGGAUCCAUGGUGGUGGUUUGGCUUCAAGCGAGAAUAUGCUCAACAUUUAUGCGGCAAAAACGUUGCUAAAAAAAAGUAGCAGCACUGCUAAUGUAGCAUCAUUUGAAAAGUCAGCAACUAGAGAAUGAGGAGUGCUUGAAACUGCAUUUCAACAUCUACGGCUGGUUUUCACACCAACAGAAUGCCGAAACAACCAUUUCCAGAUCAACGCCAUAUGAAAAAGAAAGUCAACAACAGAAGGAGAUAACGUCCGCAGGAACAUACCACAUAGCGAAAGACAUAUACUAUUCAGAAACAGAAGAAUCAGAAUCAGCUUUAUUUGUUACGAUUUGGUGGGCGCAUUGCGAUGCGCGGAGGUGUCGGCCCCAAGAUGCCAAAGACGGGAGCAGGCAGGAGUGAAGGUGGCUUGUCUCCAACUGAGCGUGGCCUGGCAUGGCGCUUCCUGUUUGGGAUGUACCCCUGCAGCUCCACUGCUCUAGAGCGACCUCUGCUGCUGGAGCAGCUGGCUGUACGUUACCAAGUCAUGAAGAGAAAGUGGCAGAACUUCCUCCCUUCCGCUGUACAGAUGCACCUCAACGGCACGGACGCUGAGCUGGUUGCAGCAGUUAGCUACUUUCACCAGAGGCAGGCGCUGAUCCAGCAGCAUGAACAGAACCAAAAUGACAUGGUCCGACAUAGGCUGGUAUUCUUGGAGCUGCAAGCACAGAUAUUGUUUGAGCGUGUUACAUUCGACAAGGAAGAGGUGCAGGAAGCCAUUCGAAUCAUUGAUAAGGACGUUCCAAGAACUACCAGAGAUCUAGGAUACUACCAAGGUGAAGGUUCAGGGAAUCUGUUGGUGUUGAGAGACAUCCUCAUCACUUAUGCUGCUUUUCAUCCAGAGGUGAGUUACGCCCAGGGAAUGAACGACUUGUGCAGCCGAUUCCUUGAGGUUCUUGAUUCGGAGGUGGACAGCUUCUGGAGUUUUUCCUCUUACAUGGAGAAAUUUGCGAAGGAUUUCAGAGAAGAUGGUCUGUACAGAAAAAUAGAGUUGGAGGCAGCCUUGUUAAAAGAGUUAGACCCUCAGCUUCAUGUCCACUUGGUGACAGACAGCAUGGAGAGCUUCACCUUCUGUCACAGAUGGCUGCUGCUUGGUUUCCAGAGAGAGUUCGAACACAGUGACGCUCUUCGUUUAUUCGAGAUCCUGAGUUGCGACCACCUGGAGCUCAUUUCCCAGCAAGUAGACCGAGCCCGUCAUCAGGAAAGGCUGGCACAAACAUAUUGCACAGAUGAUGGGUGCGAGUCACAGCUUCAGGCUGUCAACACAGACUUCACGUUUGAGUUGUUUAUCUGUGCGGCCAUACUGCUAGACCACAGAGACACUCUGCUGCAAUGUCGAGAUGAAGUCCAGCUGAUUCAGUUCACCACCAGCCUUCAGGGAACACUGGACUUGAACAGCACGCUAAAGAAAGCGGAGCGUCAUUUUUUCAACUACUGCAAGCGCUGUGCUUGGGACUCCAUGAGCAACCACUGCAGAGCACACAAGAGCAAAGAAGAAGACUUUCUACAUCAGCUGCGUUGUUUAUUUGUUUUAAGAUAGAAAACAUUAUUCCAGUUCCCGGAACAUUUCUUCGUGUCUUAUUGUUUAUCCUCCUGAGGGAAAUGUAUCGUAGCAGUGUAGCACCAACACAAGUGUUUGUUUUUUUUUCACAUGAAAUGUCAAAAGAAAAUAAUGCCAUUGCUUCAGAACGGACUUUGUUAUGUGAUAUUUCACUCGUGGAAUGUGACACGCCACAGAAUUCUCUGAAACUUUUGAUGAUAUUAUGGACCGUAGAUGUUGAAAUCCCUAAAUUUCUUGCAAUUGCACUUUGAGAAACGUCGUUCUUAAACUGUUUGACUAUUUGCUCACGCAGUUGUGGACAAAGGAGUGUACCUUGCCCCAUCCUUUCUUGUGAAAUACUGAGCAUUUUUUGGGAAGCCGUUUUUAUACCCAAUCAUGGCACCCACCUGUUCCCAAUUAGCCUGCACACCUGUGGGAUGUUCCACAUAAGUGUUUGAUGAGCAUUCCUCAACUUUAUUAGUAUUUAUUGCCACCUUUCCAAACUUCUUUGUCACGUGUUGCCUGCAUCAAAUUCUAAAGUUAAUGAUUAUUUGCAAAAAAAAAUGUUUAUCAGUUUGAACAUCAAAUAUGUUGUCUUUGUAGCAUAUUCAACUGAAUAUGGGUUGAAAAUGAUUUGCAAAUCAUUGUAUUCCGUUUAUAUUGACAUCUAACACCAUUUCCCAACUCAUAUGGAAACGGGGUUUGUAAUAUUUAUAAUAACAAGUUGACAGAUGGGAAUAAAGGAAAUGUCCUGCAUGA